UGUUGAAGUGAUGUUUUCCAGCCGCAGCGGGUAUGUUAGGCUUAGCUUCGGUGCAGUGUAAUGUCGCGAGGUAGCCAGACGUAGUUUGAGUUCGUGUUGUCGUCGUCAGGGGCUGACAGUAAUCGCCGUUCUACAUUGUGGGAAACCUACUUAACGUGAGAGCGUGCGUAGUUCAAUCUGCGCUUUGAUGUUGUUUUUAAAGAUGUUUUCCACCCGCGUUGGCCAUUGUAAGCUUAGUUGAGUUGCCGUGAUUGCGGUCGCUAGUUAUUCCGUUGUGGAGCUGUUUGUGUUCGUAUUGCUCGAUGGUGUCGUAAGGCAUCCACGUGUGGUAAAACUCCGUUCUCCAUCGCGUGAACUCGUCGAACGAGAUGUACGUACAUCACGGUUUAAAGUUUUCUCUGUGAAAGCGAAGUACCGUAUUCACUCUGUCGUAACGCGACUGCGAUUUUAGGCCUAGUUUCGUUGCAGUGAUCGUAGUCGCGCCGUGCCGCUGUACCAGAAGUACUUUGUGUUUCUUGGUAUGGUAUCGUGAGGCAUCCACCGAAGGCAUAUUCUGCGAUAUUUUGGCUUUGUCGAAACUGAUGAGAGGUCAUGCCGUUCGUCUAGCAACGUGAAGUGCUCUUUCGCCAGAGUAGGCUGUCUUCUUGUACUUCGUUCAAAUAUGAACACAAGUCGAGAUGCCGUCAAGAGCAGAGUUCGCCGUGAGGUUGAUGCUUUGUUCGAGACGUUUGGUCAUCCCGACGAGGCGUGCGGCAGCUCACAGCCCAGUAAGCGUGCGCGGCAGGUUAGAGACAUUCAGUCGAAUUCACAAACCAGUUGUCCAAGAAGCGAGUCGCCUAACUCCGGCACUCUAAGUGCGACGCCUGAGUGCAGUGACGCGGCUAGAGGCGAUACUGCAGGAUGUUCUGAUUCCGCAGAAAGCAUUUCAGAUAGUUCAGGGAGCAGUGCGGAGGAUUUCUGUGAUUGGAGUUCACCUGAACACCGUGACGAUUUGUCAGGGUUCUUGCCUAACGAAGACUGUGCCAGCGCGCAGGAAGCCACUGGACGUGCACCAGAUGAAAGUAGUAGCGGUGAUUUCAAAGCUUUGCUUGCUCAGUGGGCCUUGGAGCAUAAUAUUGCCCAUAGGUCUCUGACACCUCUACUAGGUAUCUUAAGAACCCAUGGGUGCUUCCAGAGUCUUCCAAAGGAUGCUAGGACUUUACUGAAGACUCCUCGUAACACAGCUGACGUAGCGGGUGUUUCAGAGUUACCUCCUGGUUUAUAUUGCCAUUAUGGACUUCGGAGAGGUUUGGAGAGAGUUCUUGCUUGCUUGGAUGGCUGCCCACAACUCGUCAGCUUGAACUUCAACAUUGAUGGCAUUCCUCUCUCAAAGAGUUCGAGACAGCAGCUGUGGCCUAUUCAGUGCCUAGUACUCUCUUGUGGUUCUGUCCUGUCAGAAAGGCCGUUUAUUGUGGGUGCAUUUUUUGGGCCAUCAAAGCCAAGCUGUGCAAACAUGUUCCUAAGGCCUUUCGUUGAUGAUCUGAAGGAUGUUCUUGUUGAGGGAGUUUUAGUGAAAGGAUCUCUGGUGAGGGUAGAGGUCAGCAGCGUAAUAUGCGAUGCACCUGCACGCUCUUUCAUUUUCAAAACAAAAGGGCACAGUAGCUACAAUGGUUGCCCGAAAUGCACGGCUGAAGGUAGCUACGCAGAUAGAGUAUGCUUUUCGCCAACAGCAGGUGUUCCGAGAACAGAUCAGUCGUUUCGUCAGCAGCAAGAUCCUGACCACCACCAGGGCGUGUCUAUUUUGACCGAGCUGCCCAUUGACUGUAUUAGAAAUGUCCCUCUCGAUCCAAUGCACUUGGUAUAUUUAGGCGUGGCACGAAAGCUGGUCAAUCUUUGGCUUUCUGGCCCCCUUUCAGUGCGCCUGGGUCCCCUGGAGCGUGAGGAGAUUUCAAAGCAGAGUUUAGCUUUGCAGAAUAACGUUCCUUGUGAAUUUGCACGGAAGCCAAGGGGGCUUGAUGAAAAGGAUAGGUGGAAAGCAACAGAAUUCCGCCUCUUUCUCCACUACACAGGGCCUAUAAUUUUGAAAGAAAGCUUGUCUGAGGCUGCUUAUAAGAACUUCUUGACUUUGCAUGUGGCAACCUCCAUACUAAGCACACCUGGAUUGUGUCAGGAGCAUGGAGCAUAUGCAAACACUCUACUGGAUCAUUUUGUAAAGGGCUUCGUGGACCUUUACGGAGCCAGUAAUGUGUCCUAUAAUGUGCAUUGCCUCCUGCAUCUAGCUACUGACUGUGAGUUGUAUGGAACUUUAGAUGCCUUUUCUGCAUUCCCUUUCGAAAGUAACUUGCAGCUAGUUAAAAAGCUUUUGCGUAGGCCAGGCUUCCCUCUCAGCCAGCUUUACAACAGGAUGCACGAAAGAGCUCACGCAGAGCCAGUUGGCGCAAGGCAUACUGCAGAUUAUGAGCUUCUUGGUGGCUAUGAAGGAGACGGCCUGCCACUGGGUUGCAAAUCACCCCAGUACGCCUCGGUGAAGUUCCCGUCAUUUACUCUAAGCAAGAAGGAAGCUGACAGGUGUUGCAAAAUAAAUGAUGAUGUUGUUUUGAUCCAUAUGAUUGCGCAUGACCAGAAUGGGCAGCCAUGCAUCAUUGGCCGAUGUUUCUUAAGUGCAGAACCUCUUUACAGCUACCCCUUCGAUUCUAGAAGGCUUGGCAUAGCUGUUGUCGACAAAUUGUCUUCUCUGAGGUGUUGGCCAAUUGUCAAUAUCAGAAAACUAGUGUUGCUUCCUUACAAUGGCAUGUAUGUUGUAUUGCCUCUGCUACAUACCAGUGCGUGUCAUUAAUGGCAGUUUCAUAGUCCGGCACAGAUAGGCAUCUCUGUCUUGUUUAGACGAAGUGAAUAGGAUGUAUUCAUAAUGCUUUGUGCUCUAAAUACCUUGCAUCAUUAAACUGGCACGGCAGAUGUUGAGGUGGGAUGAGACUUUGUAUCGAAUUUUAGCAGUACAGAAGUGGUAAUAAAAGCUAUGCCUAUGACACUUGCAACAUAUUUUAAAGCUAGAGGCAGGUUGCAUUGCAGUGGUAGGUUACUGUAAAAUUGUGUGUAGUGUUGUUUAGUUUUUGGUGCUGUUAGUAAUGUAGUGCUUAUUCAUUAAGAAAUAAAGUUGUUUCUCUCUCUCUUAUUCAUUAAGAUAUCAUAUUUGCAGAACAUUUCAAUUUUGUACAAAGAUAGCUACUGAUGCUUAGGAUUUGGAACUGAAAUUGUGGGCGUACAAAAAGUAGAUUUGCUUUUUAAGUUUGUUGGUGUGUGAGAACUAUAACUUCUGGUUUGUGUUGUUACUAAAAAUAUGUAAAUGCCUCUAAUUAGCACAUGUGAAAAUUUUUGUUCGCUCAUGCCCGCAAGAAAAAAGUUGACGAACUUCAAAGAGGUUGUUUUGAGGAAAACGCUGAAGUUGCGUAGGAGCACACGCACAUUUCCGGUCAAUGUGUGGAUGAAAUAAAACCAAAAAUUAUAUUGGACACCUUGAGCGCCCAAGUGUGAUAUAUUUCUUGAAAGAUAACGUAAUUCUCUAUCAGGUGAUUGCAAAAUUACAAAAUUGAAUUUUCCUGACCAAAGGAAGUCUCACCCCACCUCAAAUGAUUGCUGACUUCUAGUAUUGCUGUGACGUUUGACAGCCAUCAAAUCUUGCGGGUAAGAAUUUCACAGCAGACACUUUUUCUGCUGCUUUAAAAAUGCAAGUUUCAAGCAGUGAUCUAUGAGAGAGCACCUCUGCUUUUUGUUACAUUAUUCUUUGCAGAUGAAGUUCUCUGUAGUAGAAUUCAAAGACGACAAAUCUAUAGCCGUCGUUCCGUCCUCAUGGAUUCGUGGGCGAAAGUGCUUCUGGCCCCCUGGUCCUGGCAGCAAGACAGCAAUGGUUCAGAAAGGUGUGCAGCCUUCACCAAGGUGGAAAGCGUACGCCAUGCUCAUGAAAGCAACAUUUAACAACUAUCGCGAUGCUCGUCUGGCACUACCACGCCUGCAGUACACAUCAGAGUUGGAGAGCACUGGGGGAGGAAAGAGAAAGGUGACAAAGCCCACCAGAUAUGAACCUGAACACAACAGGCAGCCACCGCGACCACCAAGCACAUUUCCUGGGCCAUCUGUGGCCAGCCAUGAAGAACCACGAAGUGAAGACAGCGAAGAUGUACCUGUUCAGGUAGAUGCUGAUGCAGAAGACGAAGGAGUGCUUUUGGAGCUUCAUGGUGAAACCCCAGAAGGUCAUGCUACUGGAGAAAGCUUUGCAGCAGGAGACGCAGAGUUUGCAGCAGCUGGGACUGGUCAACCGCAUAAAAAAAAAGUGAUGUCUCAAGAAGAAUUCCAACGCCAAGUUUUGACCCAGUUGGCUGGGCUUCGUGUGGUGCAGCAGCAGCAGGGGCAACUCCUGGGAGAUUUAGUAACAAGGUUUGCAAGACGCAACAUGGAGGCUCAGGCCAACAGUGAACCACUAGUUGCGAUGCCGUUUGACGACUACGGGACCCUGAAACAGUUCGAUUGUACUCUGACUGGCACGCGAAAAGAAGUAUUUAUUAGAGAACUUGCUGUCAAAGGCGGCGCAAACCCGGCCGCAUGCACGAAAAGGAUGCUACGGUACGUUAUGACUGAUCAUCUGGCGUGCCAGUUCUCGUGGCAAGGGAGGAAGGGGAAGCUCAGCUUCUGUCAGAUGCAGUUGCCGUCGUGCAUAACUUGUGCUGUCCAGACUGCACACGAGGCUAGCGAUUUCACGGUGGAGAUGGCCAUCCGAGAGUGGCUGCGGCAUGCUCCUGCCAGACAACGCAACGCGAUUGCUAAGGAUUCUGCCGCUGAAUAAGCCGAAUGCAUCUGUCAACUGCGUCCACCCUUGUGCGUCCGUCAACUGCGGCGCUGAACUGUGUCGGCCUUGUGGUGCGCCGAUGAACUGUGGCAUCCUUGCGGUGCACUCAUGAACUGUAUCAUCCUGGUGGUGCGUCCAUCCAUUCUUGUGGUGCGGCUCCUUCAAAAGAGCUGACACAAAAACUUUGCACCUUGUUUUUUUCCGAUGAAAUAAGUAUCUAAUAAGCCACUUAUCUCGGCUGCAAAUAUCACUUGCGCAAACGUGCGAUGUUGAUUGUUUGGAGAUUCCCAGUUGCAUUUUCGGUUUCAGAGUGCACCGAGUGAGGUGGGAACCAGAGUUGUUUCUGUGUAAACAAAAAAUUGUGCACGUCAGCACCGCGCGUUGACAACUCCUUUCAUCAAGGGACUGCUAUAAUCCCCUCUGAGACACUGUAAAUAUGCAUAACCCACCAAAACUGCCCACUAAGGCAGCGGCUUUUGUACUGCCAUGCAAGCCUUCCCCCUUUUUUCCAUGAAAAGGUCUGCUAGGAGAGUGUUACGCAAGGAUCGUGGCAGCCUACGCAAAUUCGAGACGCAGGUGGCGGCCGCUUGUGUGCACAGAAACCAAAGGCAGGUUUCGCAUGCAGUAAUGCGUGUGCAUUUUUAAAAUUGCUUCGAAAUAUGUUGUAUGCUACAUUGUCUGUUCAUAUUUGGUAGAUGAUGCAUGUGUGUCGUAACAUGUCUAUUCAGGUCAUCUCUUCUUCAAAAUUUUGUGUAUGCACUCCCUCAAGGGUGGACAUGGCACUCAAUCUUUUUAUUUCUUUCUCUGAAGAAAGUUUUUUUGUGGUCAUUUCAAGUAAGGUUACUUUUCUAGCACAUUGUGUACUUUCUUUAAACAGUAUAUUUCAUGUCCAUUUUGAGGAGCACGAUUUUUUUCCUGCACUCAGCAACUUUCUUCAGAGAAAGAAGUAAAAGAUUGAAUGCCAUGUCCACCCUUGAGGGAGUGCAGACACAAAAUUUUGAAGAAGAGAUGACCUGUGAGAUAGACUGAAUAGACAUGUUACGACACACAUGCAUCAUCUACCAAAUAUGAACAGACAAUGUAGCCUAGAACAUAAUUAGAAGCAAUUUUAAAGUGUACGCGCGUUACUGCACGCGAAACCUGCCUUUGGUUUCUGUGCACACAAGCAGCCGCCACCUGCGUCUCGAAUUUGCGUAGGCUGCCACGAUCCUUGCGAACACUCCUAGCAGACCUUUUCAUGGAAAAAAGGGGGAGGCUUGCAUGGCAGUACAAAAGCCGCUGCCUUAGUGGGUUAUGCAUAUUUACAAUGUC